GCAUUUUAUGUCUUCGCUUUCUUGUAGUUUUUGUUUCAGAUAAGUUUAGAGUUUAAAUUCUGACUACCACCAACUAUUUAAGCUGAAAACUUCAAAAAUAAUCCACAAAAGGUGAUAUUCAGGGUUUCCCAAGUCAAAAGUAAACGACUGAGGAAGGAAGCAGAGAGGCUGUGUGCUCUCCUCGGCUGUCUGCAGUGAAAAACGGAGUAACGAGGAGAGGAGAGGCACAAAACUCCGGGGCGACCUCCAUACGGUCUGACGUACCCGAAGCUGCUCGUAUAAAUGAAUUCACGGCGUCACCAAGCUCAGAUGAUUCGCAGUACCAGUGAGCACCCGGCUGUCAACGCUCGCAACCCCCUCUCACACACACACACACACACGCGCGCGCACUCACUCACACACACACACACACACACACACACAUGUCUGCGUCAUGCGUCCUGGAAGGGACGGCACGAACGCGGUAACUCCGAUGGAUGCCGGAAAAACGCACAGCAGCAGCAGCAUCAGCAGCAGUCUGAGGGGCUGAAUGUCUCCCGCUUAUCUGGGAAAGUUGUGUUCCUAUAGUGUGGUCGCACUAUGGAUUUCCUAACCACAAGCAGCAAUUACAGCAACGCCACCAGCAGUUACCCCGAGGGUGCGGACGUGGUGGCUGACUGGGGCGCAAGUGAGAAUGGCACGGGGUCUCGAUCCCAGCCGGGUCCGGAGCUGAGUUACCAGAUUAUCACCUCCCUGCUUUUGGGGGCCCUCAUCCUCUGCUCCAUAUUUGGCAACGCGUGCGUCGUGGCAGCCAUCGCCCUGGAGAGAUCUCUCCAGAAUGUGGCCAACUAUCUGAUUGGGUCCCUGGCCGUCACAGACCUCAUGGUUUCGGUACUGGUUUUGCCAAUGGCGGCCCUCUACCAAGUUUUGAACAAGUGGACACUCGGGCAGGAGAUCUGUGAUUUAUUUAUUUCUCUGGAUGUACUUUGCUGCACCUCAUCCAUCCUGCAUCUGUGCGCAAUAGCCUUGGACAGGUACUGGGCCAUAACAGACCCUAUAGACUAUGUAAAUAAACGGACGCCGAGGCGAGCUGCGGUCCUGAUAAGCGUCACCUGGCUAAUUGGUUUUUCCAUCUCUAUUCCGCCUAUGUUAGGCUGGAGAAGCGCCGAAGACAGAGCGAACCCUGACGCCUGCAUGAUCAGUCAGGACCCGGGCUACACCAUCUACUCCACAUUUGGAGCUUUUUACAUCCCUCUUAUCCUCAUGCUGGUCCUGUACGGGAGAAUCUUCAAAGCAGCUCGCUUUCGGAUUCGAAAGACUGUGAAAAAAACCGAGAAAUCCAAAGUGUCAGACACGUGCUUGAGUGUGUCUCCGGCCAUCUUCCAUAAGAAAACAAACGGUGAGGCCGGCGGGGGCAAAGGCUGGAAGCGCGGCGACGACUCCAAGCCCAACUCUCCGUGCGUAAACGGCGCGGUGAAGCACGGAGAGGAAGGGGAGUCACUGGAGAUCAUAGAAGUUCUCAGCAACUCGAAGACGCACCUGCCUCUGCCCAACACGCCUCAGUCCUCCUCGCAGGGAUUUGAAAACAUGAAUGAAAAGAACUCGGGUGCGAAGAGGAAGAUCGCGUUGGCCAGGGAGCGUAAAACGGUGAAAACUCUCGGGAUCAUCAUGGGAACUUUCAUCUUCUGCUGGCUGCCGUUUUUCAUCGUCGCGCUGGUGCUGCCUUUUUGUGCAGAGAGCUGCUACAUGCCCGACUGGCUGGGCGCAGUCAUAAACUGGCUGGGCUACUCCAAUUCCCUCCUCAACCCUAUCAUAUAUGCCUACUUCAACAAAGACUUCCAAAGUGCUUUCAAGAAGAUUAUCAAAUGCAAAUUCCACAGACCCUAACCAAACCCCAAGGCAGAAAAGUGGAGUAUUUAUCAAAAUGGACAAGAGAUGUUCUCUGACUAUAUGGAACAGCAAAAAGUAUAACCAAGACUUUCAUUCAGGGACAGUCUCUUCUUCGGGGUGUGUUCAAAAGAAGAUCCGGGGUCACUGAUGAAACACACAGGACACACACUUUUGCUCUAAAUGUACAAGCUCAUGUUUAUUCAGUGUUGUAGCUACAGUAUAUAGCCUAUAUGCGAGGGCAGCCAUCGUUGUAUUGCCAUGCAAGACGUGUCGUGUGCUGAUUCCAUGCAUUUUCCCAUGAGACACGCGGGGGGUUUCUGUCCUACACGUCAUGAGCUUUGUAGCACCGAAAUAAUAAAAGCAAUCAAGAUUUGUCAUUAAGAGAAAAACGAGUGGAUUUUGCUUAAAGGAAAACUGCAGCAAAGAGGUGGAGAAGUGGUGAGAGGCAGUGAGAAACUCAUCAGUUUCCCCCUGACAGGCCACACUGAUGAUGAUGAUGAUGAUGAUGGGGGGGGGGGCAAUCAGGUUAUCUGUGCACUGUGUGUGAGGUCUGUCAGUGAAUGGGUAUCGAACACACAGCUGCCUAUCCAUCAGACCCACAUCAAAGUGGAGAGAGAAAGGAGAUGGGCAAUUUUCUCCUAAAAUGGAGACUGGCAUUACAUUUAAGACAUAAUAGUUCUCAGUCUCCCCAUCUAUCCUUCUCCAAAGCUCCCCCCCCUCUUCUCUAUCCCAUCUCACUGUUCCUGACUCUGAGAUUGCCCCGCGUGUGUGUGUGAUAAAAACAAGAACAGACUCAUUAAAGACAGAUU